CCAUGGCCACCGGGGGGACCUCGGCGUCCAUCAAGCCAAUUUUAACGGUCAGCGCCGCCAACCGCUCCACAGCUCAGUGCCCAGCCUGCUGGCGACGCGCAGCAGUCUCAGACAUCGGUGCAAAUGCCGCCCAUCAUCCCCGCAAGCGAUGUCCGAUACAGUGCUGAGACGGGUACGUAUUGGAACGUGCGAGAUCCCAAUGGCGCUUUCGUAGCCUAUGGGAUCACAGUUGGGCCUUAUCCAGGCGCUACCGUUUGUGUCGCCCAUCCUACGGCCGUCGCCCAGUACAAGGCGUACAUGAAAACCAUAUUCGCGAAUGAUCCGGACGCUGUUAUGUGGUUGAAUCAUAUGCUGCCAAGGCCGGCCGCGCACAAUCCCUCGAGCCUGCCGACUCGGAGUACCACACAGGCCGCCAGACCACAUACGCAAGGCGCCGACGAUUCCUGUGCGUGGUGCAGGGCCCAAGGACGAGCUGAUGUCGUCUCAAGCCACAAGAUGGCGAAUUGCGACUGGCCUAGCCCCCUUGGCGAUCUCCCUGGAUGUCCGAAGUGCAACACAAUGGGACACCUUUUUGACAACUGUCCUCAGAGACAGGGAAUGAGCGGCGGCGAGGCCCUGUCUGACGCCUGGACCUUUCUUAUCCACAACCGCGGUUCAUUGCCGCCGGUGCGGACUACAAUCUCUUGACCCGACAUGGCCGUCAUCGCAAAUGCCAAUCCGACUUACGGGUACCCGUUGACCAAGAAGUUUGUCCUCGAGGCCUGGCGUCACGACAAACUUCAAUUUCUCUUGGGCAGGCCCCGCCCCACUGAUCCGGCCACGGCCUCGAUUGAGGUUAUUCAACAGGACCUGGACGCU